GUCAAAAUUUGGCUGCGCUCUGAUCUAUUCCUUUUGAUUUCUGAAUACUCACACAAUUGUAACGAUAAUUGUCAGAGGCCUGCUAGAUUGUCAGCCAAAACAAAAAAAAACAUAUCUGCAAGCGUAGUGUCUCCCAAAAGGUGCUGCCAACUAACAAUUUUAACGCUCUUUGCGUUUGUGGUUUAGCCCGUUCGUUCCGUUUGCCCGUUGCCACGCCUCGUUGCGGCGUGCGCCCCCAAAGCAGUCAAGACGACUUACUCGAUUAUGAAGCUCAGCUCGCCGCGCAUCAUGCAGCAGAAGCGUACCAGCAAAUCAUCCAACAUGUCCCGGGUCUCGAUGACCACCUCGACGGCGGAGGAGAAUCUGAUUGAGUCGAAGCUCUUUAGUUGGCUGCGGCUCUUUCGCUUUGCCUCGCUGCUCUGUCGUGCCGAAUAGAGAAUACAUAUAUAGAAUACAAUAACACAUAUAAAUACAUACAUAUAUAUACAUAAAUAUAUAAGAUAAUGCAAAUCUAUAAAGCAGAUACUCGUGCUAGUUUGCCGCUUUCAAUUCAAGUUUUCCUAUUAUGCUAAAAACUAAAAAAAAAAAAAAGAUGAAAAGAAAAUGCAAAACAGAUACGAAAUACAAAUAUUAAAUACAAAAUGAAAACACUUUCUAGAUUCUGCAAUGUAGACAUUAAGAAUUGGAAUUUCUUCAACUUAACAAUUUAAAUCGUUUUUUAUUUUGUGUUUCUUUAUUGCUUUUAACAUUCAAGAAUUAAGUCAAUUUUUAGUGUAAAUUUCGCUUUGCGGAAUUUGUCGCGCCUUUCGUACCUUUUGUAUUGUAAUAAGCAGAAUAAACAAACAAUUUUAUGAUAUAAAACAAAACAAAAA